AUGGGGUCCCCGAUAUUAGUAGUCGCGGUUUCCUUUCUCUUCACUCUAACCAUAUACCGCUACCUCCUGCACCCUAUCUUGAUCUCGCCCUUGCGCAAGGUCCGCCCGGCCCACUGGAGCGCGCCGUUCUGCUCCUUGUGGAUCCUGUUCACCCGACGUCGUCGCAACGAGAAUACCACCAUUUACGCUUUGCACCAACGACUCGGACCUCUAGUACGCCUUGGCCCACAUGAGAUCUCAGUGAACUGUGUCGACGGCGGCAUCCGUACUAUCUAUAGCGGCGGGUACGAGAAAGGCGACUGGUACGCCGUGUACAAAAACUAUGGAGUCAACAACAUUUUCUCGUCGCUGGAACAUGGCCCGCAUAGCGUGAAGAAAAGGAUAUUGAGCAAUAUCUACGCCAAGUCAACCAUCCAGUCGAGCACGGCUUUGCAUGACAUCACCGAGGUUUUGAUGUGUCACCGGAUGCUCCCGAGGUUGCAUGAAACCCAGAGCACGGCUGUCGAGGCCUAUGAGCUCUUCUCAGGUGUGGCCAUGGACGUGAUUACAGGCUAUUGCUUUGGUCUAAGCCAGUCAAGCAACUUCCUUGUGGACUCGGAGCAUUGCAAGCGAUGGGUUGUAGACUACAAGGCCAGGCAGGCAUACAUAUUCUGGCCGCAGGAGCUACCCGGCCUCACAGCCUUUGCCAAAGCGUGGGGACUCAGGCAUUGGUUGGUCCCCAAGUGGGUGGAUGUGGCUAAUGACAACAUCGCGUCUUGGGUCUUGAGCCUGUGUGACAAGGCAGAGAGAGCUCACGAGACACGGAACCUUGUGGACGCUAAAGACCAAGCGACGGUCUACAAUCAGAUGCGGAGCGUGAUCAAAAAGUCCAAAGGGGAUAAGGCUGACUCACCUCUCACCGCGGAUGAGAGGCUGGACAUAGCCUCCGAGCUCCUCGACCAGGUUCUCGCCGGCUUUGAUACCACCGGGAUCACCAUGACGUAUCUGGCAUGGCAGAUGUCCAAGCCGGAGAACAAGCAUAUCCAGCAGGCUCUACGGGAAGAGCUCCAAGCGAGCCAAGCUAUGUACAAAUCGGUCACUGACGACGGACAAACUCACAGCUGCCCUGAAUUCAGGACGCUGGACAGCCUGCCUCUUCUUCACGCCGUGGACGCAGAGCUAGGGCCUCAAGGGUCAAGCAUCAAAGGUAUCCCCGCCAACGUACGUGUCAAUUCCUACGGGUACUCGUUACAUCUCAACGAGGACGUAUUUCCCAAGCCCAGUAAGUGGGAGCCGCGGCGAUGGCUCAACGCGCAGGGCGAGAUUGACGGGGGUGGUGAAAAGGCCCGGUGGUUCUGGGCUUUUGGAAGUGGAGGCCGUAUGUGCAUUGGAAGUCAUUUGGCAAUGAUCGACAUGAAGAGCAUUGUAGCCGCGAUCUGGGGCAACUUCGAGACUGCCAUCGUUGACGAUGCGGGGAUGAUACCUAAGGGUGGUUACACCUGCGAACCUCUGGGAUCUCCUGAGGUCCCCGAGAGGAGAUGGCUGACGUGGCUAGGCAAUUGA